AGUCUAAGCCUUAGAUUGGAUUUUCUGCUGGGAACGUAGGAACAAGCUGGGGAAGAUGGAACAGGAUAACCGCCAAGCGAGGCCGGAGGCAAACGAGGUGCCGAUGUCGGAGGAAGAUAGGAUCAGGCUCCUAAUAGCAAAGUGCUAUGAAGACGGGGUGUUCCCAGAGAAUUUACGACACGGAGAGUUUGUAAUUGAAAAUGGGACCCGUAUCUUCAAAGUCAACACGCAAAUAGACAAGUUAACGACGACUUGGCUAAAGGAGAGGACGGUGACGGUGAUCUUUCAAGGCGAAGCGAGGGAUCUGCCGAUGAGAACCAGAGAAGACUUGAUUCGGGCGUAUGAAAAUGGGUGGCAGAGGAAGAAGACGUUUGCGAGAGGUUUUAAAAGGGGAAGAGUUCAUGGGGAAGGACCGAAUGUGAUGUCGUACGUGGCGAAGUCUAGGGAGGUGGCACAGUGGUUAGUAGCGAAGGUGGAUGAUGUGGUGAUAAUUAGAGGGGUUGAAUAUAAGAUGUUGUUUAAAGCAUGGAUGACAAGGGCGGAACUAGAGGAGCAGAGAAGAAGGGAUGUCGAAACGAAGUUCUGGGUGGUUGCCUUGAGAGUGCCGCUCCGCGCCAUGUUCCAUGUGGGAGACCUGGUAACACAAGCCAUGGGCCAAAUCAUCACUCGACACCCCCGAGAGCCGGAUGCUACCAGACCUAAACUCAUGAGCUUGAAGUUCGAGCUCGCAAGAGAAGCUGCAGAGAAGUUCGAAGCAAUUCUCCCAAUGAAACUGGACGAUGGUGAGCUAUAUAACGUACAAUUUGUCAACAAAAACACGUCGUGGUGUACUCGUUGUAAAUGGUGGUUUCACACGGAUUUCGAUGGCUGCCCAAGAGCCGAAGAAGCAGUGCCAGGGGAGCAGGAAACACUUGGAGGAAGAUCACGGAGGCCACAUCAGGGCGAGGUGGUCUAUGAUCGAGGAAUCAGGACGGCGGUCAGGGAUCAACUCAACGUUACACCAAGCGGAGGCGAAUCCAGCGCAGCGGCGGAGAGAAGACUCGGGGGCCCCAUGCAGCCGGCAUAUAGACAGGGGGAUCGAACAGCAGCGCCGACAAGUGAUAUCUCAAUUAGGCCACAGGGCCUGGUGCAGGGCGUAGGAGAUCCAUACCAGCUUGCGACUGCAGAUCAAGUGAGACGACUAGACGCCCGGGUGGGUGCAUGGGCUUCCAACCCCGGAGCCAGCGAUCCUUACCUGGCAGCUAUGAUGGGUUCACACAUGUGGCUGCAGCCGCAAGGGGGGGGUGCUAGAUACGGCCAGUGGACGAACCCUGCUCUCAGCGGCUUCCAAGGAGGGAAUCAAUAUUACUCUCCAGGCCCGUCCCUUGGUCAGAGAUAUGAUCACUCAACCUUCUCUAGACCAGUCCAGGAGGCCUUACGUCCUCUUUCAGGGGCGGUAGAGAUAGUGGUGGGAGUGGACGGAGAGGGGCAAGAAAGGAAUCAGCUCAUCACAGUCAAUGGACACGGAGCUACCUCAGUACAAGAACGAAGUGCGGCACCUCAUAGCGAGGGAGAAGAUGACGUCAGCAAACCAAACUCAAUCCCGAACGGAGUGAGUACAAGGGACGUAGGUGAGCAACAGUUUGAGGAGAAAGUUUUGCUCCCGUUAAUCUGCACCCUCCUUGGGCAGGAACCGUACAUUCUUGGCCUUGUAAAUAGAGAAGGGGGCACCGUUCUUCCAUCCACAUCGUUCUGUGGCAUCCCCACCCCUGAGUUGAUUGAGGCUAGAGUGAGGCAGAUCUUCGCAGAUCGAUUCUGUUUCAGGAUAUUCCUAGGAGAGAUUAUGCCCAAGCUGACGGUGGACACGCCAACAGGGAAGCGGAUUAAGUUUUUUAUCCCCUUGAUUGACGCACGAAUUCCGAUGCAACACUGGGCAGGCUUACCUUCGGUGGGCUUAACCUGUAUUCCACUUCGGCUCCUGCUAGGUACUCCAGGAGAUGAGUUAGAUAGCGUUUUGGUAGAACCAGGAAUUUCAGCUGCCUUUCUUAGAGCAUUAAAUGAGCAUAUGCCGUUGAACCGAAAUCUGCUAUCGGAGUUCAUUCCUGAGGUUCUGGCAGAGAUAUGGCAAAGUAUUAGUCCGUCUCAGGAGAGGGAGGGUACUGAGCAGACGGAGCAGGGGCGGAUCCAAGACGGGAACGCAACACAAACAGUAGCUGUCCAGUCGUUCAAUGCAGGGAUGUCAGACCACAAGGCAGUUAGAUUGGAAGCCAGACUGUCAAGGCACACAGAUGCUAGAGGCCCUGGCUACUUUAGACUGAACACAGUCAACCUGGAGGAUGAGGGAUGGAAGGAUUGGACCACCCAACAUUGGAGAGCGUGGAGGAUGGCAAGGGGAGCCUUUGACUCUUUUGAAGACUGGUGUGACGCUGGCCUGCGGAUCAUUUCCGCCAAGUUCGAGACCUUCUCAGUGAUUGCAGCGUAUUCGAGGAACAAAGAAGAAAGCAGGCUGGAAGCAAGAGUAGACGAGGCAGAGAGAAACAUGAGGGGUCACCCAAUUUCGGAACUAGCAUGGGCAGAGGAGAGGGAGACCAGAGCGAGGGAGUGGGAGCAGCAACAGGUAAUUAAACAGUCCAGGUGGGAGUCGAUUCUGCAGGAGAAGGGAGUGGUCACACGGGACAGGAUGACAAAAGAGUGCUUCCAGAGGCUCCUACCAAGCUGCAACAGAGUUCAAAUGUCAGAGCUCCAACAUCCUCAUUUGUUGGGCUUACCAGCAGCACACACCAAUGAGGACAUGUGUGAGUACGCAGCUGACUACUUCAGGGACAUCACGACGACCCGCAAGACCUAUUGGGACUGGGAAACAGACCUCACAAUGGAAAGUAAUUUCUGGGAAACUCUCACAGUUAGAGUCUCGGCGCAGGAGAGGAGGGAUAUGGAUAGGCCAAUAACGGCAGAGGAGCUCAGGGAAACCAUCAAAUCCAUGGCAAAAGGGAAAGCGCCAGGAGACGAUGGCUUACCGGUAGAAUUCUUCCAGACCUGUUGGGGGACUUUGGAAACCGAUGUGGUGCAGCUGUUUAACGGGAUCCUGACAGGCGGGAAGCUGGGGAAGUCAAUGACGAGGGGAGUAAUCACCUUAAUGUACAAGAAGGGAGGUAGAUCGGACAUGAGAAACUGGCGACCAAUUUCGCUCCUAAAUGUGAUCUACAAGAUACUGGCGAAGACCUUGGCACGUAGACUGGGUGAAUUGUUGCCUAGGCUAGUGGGAAAGGACCAGGGGGCCUUUGUCCAGGGUCGCUCCAUAUUCGAGAAUAUUGCAACAGCAAUGGAAGCGCUGGAGUUAAUCGAAGGGGAGGACCUCGAUAUUGCAGUUUUGAUGAUCGACCUCGAAAAGGCGUACGAUCGGCUGAAUUGGACGUUCGUAAUGACUACUCUCAGAGUGCUGGGGUUUGGAGACCCAUUGUGCAGCUGGAUUAAGGCACUAUAUGCGUACGCUACAACAGUUGUGCAGGUGAACGGGGUCUGCUCUCAGGAGUUCAAACUGUCUAGGUCGCUACGGCAGGGAUGCCCCCUGGCACCUCUUGUUCGUCCUGCAGUUGGAAGUACUGCUGUGCGCCAUCAGAGCCAACCCGUAUAUCAGAGGUCUGAAACUGACAGGGGGAAGGGACUAUAGAAUUAAAGCGCUUGCAGACGACCUCCUGGCUAUUGCGGCCAACUCUAGA